AUGGCGCGGCUGAAUAAGAUCGUUGAUGAGCUCGUGGAGACAGAGAAGAGUUUUGUGACUGAUUUAUACCGCAUUACUGUGGUAAGCUCGAAGGGUUUGUUAUAGCAUCCUUUUCAGGGGUUUUCUGACUUCUUUAUCAGCCAAGAGAAACCUUUCAUUGAAAUUCGGGAGUUGCUGAGCGUCUUGAAUAAAAUUCGGAGAUUCAAUCGUAACCUACUCAGGGAAUUCAAGAGAGCGGAUUAUGAUUAUGGAGCGGUAGGUGCAAUUAUCUGUGGAAUUGUUGCAUUUUUUUUAUUAUUUCUAGAUUGCUACGACGUUCUUGAAGAAUCGAGAAGGAUUUGCCGUUUAUUUCAUGUAUUGUAUACAUUAUCCACGGUAAGAGAAGGUUUUCAUCACAUUGUUGGUGUCUUUAGGGCCAUUGAUAGGCUGCUGCUGUUGAAGAAGAAACCUUCAUUUAUGGAACUCCUGAUGAGACAGCAGAUGGAAGCCGAUGUUAUAUUACCCUUGGAAAGUUAUCUUCUCAAACCAUUUCAGAGGAUUUUGAAAUAUCCGUUGAUUCUUAGAGUAUGAAUUAUGUUUGAUUUUCUAAAAUUAACCUUUAAAAAUUACAUUUGAAACCUUUUAUAGAAGAUGAUGGAUUAUUUUUAUGAAUCUGAACAAAUUUUUUGGGAUGACUUUUCUGACCUGAAAGGAGCUCAUGAUCUCAUGGUCAAUCUUUCCAGCCAACUUAACGAACACAAACGGAAAUUGGAAGAGGUAAGACGCGGCCUUUCUGUGAAUAAAUACAAUAGUCACGGUUGUUGAUUGAUACUAGUCCGUCCGGAAAGUCGCCGGACGGAAAUCGGCGACGUGCACUGUGCAAGAAAACUCAGGGUGCGAGCGACAGCUGGAAAAAGCCUAUUGCGCAGUGCAAAAAGCCAAAAAUUGCACAGUGCAAAGUGAACUUUCGGUUUCGCGGAGUGCAUGUCGCCGAUUUCCGUCCGGCGACUUUCCGGAAGGACUAGUAACAUUGAUUCAUGACUUCAGAAACAAAGUUCUCUUAUUCGCUCGCUGCCUCAGAAGUUGGAUCUGCCUCGUCGAUGGAUUGGCUGUUUCAAGAUUUCUUCCAACCUCGUCAAGAUCAGGCGAACCCAAUCUGCCGAGUCGUUAUGUAAUCUCACCGUAUAUGACAUCUCCUGA